UAACCACAACUUACCCAAUCGACCCGCUUGAGAGUCCUCCUCACUGGCUAAUCCAAAGCAUUUUAUUGCAUCUCCGAUAUCCCUUCUCCUUCUGGGUAAAUUUAUUUGUUCUGGGAAUUUGGGGCUUUAAAUUUGAAGUCUAAACUCAACCCGCAUCUGAAACGUCGGAAACAGAGCAAGCUCAGAGUAGAGAGAGAGACAGCGCGCGCACAAGCAAGCAACAUAGAGGAGAGAGAAAAUGGGGAGAGAAGUAGCAGAGAGUUGUGUGGAUAGCUUAAUGAUAGAGAUGGUUUCUUCUUAUUGUGAUCGUUUCUACGCCAACAAGCCUGAGCUCGCCGCUCGUCGUAUCGAAUCUAUUGGCUAUCAAGUCGGCCACCAACUCUCUGAGAGGUAUACCAUGGAGAGACCACGGUUUGGUGACCAUCUUGAGGCAAUCAAGUUCAUCUGUAAGGAUUUCUGGUCUGAAAUUUUCAAGAAACAGAUAGACAACCUGAAGACAAAUCAUAGAGGUACUUUUGUGCUGCAAGAUAAUCGAUUCCGUUGGCUAGCACAUAUUUCUGUUGAUCCAUCAUCUGAUACUACUGGUGUAACUCAAGAUGCUUCUGAGCCAGUGGAAAACAAAGCUGCACAGGCAGCUAGCAUGCAUCUCUAUUUUCCGUGUGGAAUCAUAAGGGGAGCGCUUACAAACUUGGGAAUACCUUGUGCUGUUUCAGCAGAUAUCUCUAACCUUCCUGCAUGUUCAUUUGUGGUUCGGAUAAAGGUUUAAAAUGAAGUUUCCAGUCGGUGCUUCGAGGGAAGGAUUCUGGUGACGCAAGUGAGCUACUUUGUAUUAGUUCCUUAUGGUUGUGUGCAGUAUGGAAAUUAUAAAAGAUGCCUUGUUAAUUAAUGCUUUGACUUGGAGGUGCCCCCUUGAAGCUUGAGCUGUUUUUAGUUUUCCGCAGAAGCUAUGCGUACAAAGGCUGUGACAAACUGCUUUGCGGAAACUGGUUCUUUAGUUCGAUUUUGCUUUGGAAAUUCUCCAUCAAUAGAAAUUCACUGGCUUCGAUGGAUACAUAAUGUAGAAAUUCUCCAUCAAUAGAAAUUCACUUGCCUCGAUGGAUACAUAAUGUAGAAAAGUAUGUUGUCUUCCAUUUAAAAAAGAAAAUGAGUAUGAGAUGCUAAACCCUGGUUUUGGUUCAACCCUAUGAAAGGAAUCAAUCAAGGACGAUUUCUUUGUGUGGUUCACAUUUCAAAGGAGAGGUAAUAGAAAUUGCAGACACCGAAAAUUUUACAUGUGUGGUGUUAGUUGUGAUAUGGGUUGGAUAGAAUUUAUUAUAAUUUAGACAUAAUUAUCCUAAAGGAUGGUCGGUUUCAUAUUACUUGAAAUAUUUCUCUGGACAGGGUUGUCGACGUGCAAAUCUAAUCAUUAAUAUCUUAAUACUUAUUAGGGCAUGUAGUUUUAGAUGAUAAA